UACCAUUUUUUACACAAAGAAAAACAAUUUAAAACUAAGGUUCUAAGGCAAUCAUACUAAUUAUACCAAAUAUUUACCUUUGCAAAAUCACAAUUUCUCUAUCAUUUACUGAGUGUUUAUACAUUUUUCUGACCCUUGUAAGACCUUAUAUAUUAUACGCAUUAUGCUUUAAAUUAGUUGUUGUUUAAGGUCUUUCUACACAAAAAUGGUUAAAUGUUCAGUUUCCUAUCUAUUUAAUUAUUAAAAAUUUAUCACGAUAAAAUAAAUAAAUUAAUUAUAAGUUAUACUUAAAUCAUAAACAAAAAUUUUACUCUACAACUAAAUUUGUGAAAUAGAAAGAAUAUGAAUUAUACACCCCCACCGUUUUCUCUUGCGUUAGGUUAAAAUAUUCAUUAAAAUUCUACUUUGUCAAAAUUUUCAAAGGUAAAAAGUCUUAAGGAAAAUAUUUAUUUCGUAUAGUAUUUCUAACAACACUUACAAAUCUUCGAGCAUUUAAAAUCAGCAACAUCUUCUUCCAUUACCUUUUGCUACCGACGACUGAUUUUGUGCCAGCGAAUUCACAAAUGGAUCAUAUGCGAUGGAAGCCCACAUAUUUUCACCUUUGCUUUUAUUUUUCAGUAGCACAAGAAAACAGAAGACUUGACUAAAUUGUCUACCAUAUUAUUCUAGUCUAACAGGAGAUCAACUUUAGUUAGGGUUAAAACUUAAUAGGGUUAUAAAUGGCUGACGUAUACAGAAAUGGCAAUUAAUGAUGGUGGAUACGAUAGAUCUUAUCAGGUGUCGCAUCUGGUGUGGAUGAACAAUAGAAAAAAUUGGAUGAAAUAUUUAAUAGAAACCAUUUAUGAAAAAUAUAAACCAAAUACGGGGUGAUUGAUUGGACUGGAACUAUAAAAUUUAUUUUAAAAUUUACUUUGUAGAAUUUUUUGAUUAUUUUUAAAGAGUGUAGUUUUAAAAUUUUCUACAGCUAAAAUGAUGGGGCUUUAGAAAAUAAGAUUUUUAUAACUAUUUUUUGUAUGCUUUUGCUGUAACUUUAGUUUUUUGGUUCUAGUUUUAAAACUAAAAUAAAACAUGAUUGGUAGUAUUUAAGAUUGUAGAUACUACAAAUCAUACUUUAUUUGUUGGGGGUGAUUGGUUGGGUUGUAGGAAGUGAAUUUAGCUUUAAUUUUUAUCUACAACCUUAAACACUACCAAUUAUACUUUAUCUUAAUCUACAACCAAAAAACUAAAGUUACAGCAAAAACAUACAAAAAAUGGUUGUAAAAAUCUUAUUUUCUAAAGUCUCAUCUUUUUAGCCGUAUGAAAUUUUAAAGCUACAUCCCAUAAAUCUAAAUCAAAAAUUUCUACAGACUAAAUUCUUAAGUAAAUUUUUUACAGUUACAGCCUAAUCAAUCACCUCAAUAGUAUCUACUAUCUGGUCUAAAUAACGAUUUACAAAAUUGCAGCUUAAUAUACUCAUCGAGUGAAAAGAACCAUGAGCAAUUAAAUACGAGAACGAUCGAGACCAUUUAGAUGAGAACACACAACCAAAGGUCAUUCAUUCAGUUGAGAAUGAAUUAGAAGUUAAUUACGUCGUUAUUAAAAUCACAACUGGGAGCAGUCUCUUACCUGCCAGCUCUAUCAGACAGAACACAAAGUAAGUUUACGUGUGUUAGAGCAUCUGCAUUGGCGGAUCAUGAGGGGUUCAUGGGCUCGGGAUCUUAGGGCCUUUUGCAUUUUUAAAAUUUAAAAAAGCCCGAUAUUUGGUGAACCGGUUCGUCCGAAUGAUACCGUAUGAGACGGGUUCACGCGACGUGGCAAGAGGGGAUUGGUGGCGUUUUUUUUUUGUAGAGGGAAGCGAAACAAGGGUUUCGCGAUCUGUUUCUCAUUUUGUCUUCUCUCUCAUUUCACUCCGCCUCCGAGGUGAUUUUUCGUACGACGACGACGCCGGAGCUUUUCUCCAUCUAAUCGACGGCGGACUAUUUCCUCCACGAGCUCAGGUGAGAAUCGACUAGAUUAACAGUUUCAUUGCAUCGAUUUUGUGGUCCAAAGCGAAAUCGAUUUCCAUUGUUAAGAGUUAGGGUUCUAAAUCGAAAAGGAGGUUUUCGAUUUAUGGUUAUAAUUCGUCAUGCGGUUUGGACUUAGGGUACUUAAUCGAAUUGAGAGGCUCGUUUUAGGAUUCUAAUUAGGGUUCUAAAUCGAAAAGGAGGUUUUUGAUUUAUGGUUAUAAUUCGUCAUGCGGUUUGGACUUAGGGUACUUAAUCGAAUUGAGAGGCUCGUUUUAGAGUUCUAAUUAGGGUUCUAAAUCGAAAAGGGGGUUUUUGAUUUAUGGUUAUAAUUCGUCAUGCGGUUUGGACUUAGGGUACUUAAUCUAAUUGAGAGGCUCGUUUUAGGGUUCUAAAUGGUGUGAUUUGUGGUACAGAUGGACCCCGCAGAAGAGAGAAGAGAGAUGAAGAGGCAAAAGGAGCAAUACAUGAUGCUUCAAUGCGCGGCUGAUGCGCAAUACGGGAUUCCGACGAGGUGUCUGUGUGGUUCGCGGAUCAUUAACGAGGUUCGUGGAAAGGAGGAGUACGACAGCCUUCCUGGGAAGCGCUUUUUCACGUGCAAGAACUACGAGGAUGAUGGGUUGCAUUUUCGUCAUCCUUGGGUGUUUGGUGUCCAGGAGGAGAUCGAGAGUCUAACAAAACGUGUGAAGGAGUCCGAGGAGGUGAUUCUUUUGGUGGCAAAACUCAAUAAACAGAUUGAAACACUGGCGGAACAGGUUCACGACCUCAAUGUCAAAGUACGUGUCCUACAGAAGGUCUGCUUCGACUAAAAAUAGAAGGUCACGGGCAUCAAGUCACAAGUUCGCAGGUCACGGGUAGUGUUAUGUUUUGUCUGUUUUAUGUCUAGUUGCUCAGAUUGUGUAUCAUUUUCCUUCUGACUACACUUCUUUUUCACUUGUUUCACGGAUGUAAUGAAGACACCCACGGGUGUAUGUACUAAAAACUUGGUUCACGGAUUUGUAAACACCCACAGGUGUAUUUCUAUGGAUGCUCUAUAUAUAUUAUGUCUUUCAUUAUCUGAAAAACUUCACAGAAGAAGGAAAAAAAAACUAUCAUUCGCUAGUUUCUGCAAACCAAAAACAUAAAAACUCAUUCCCUAUCUUUCUUUAUC